GCGGAACAGUCCUCCGUCCACUGACGGGUCGACGCUGGUGAGGUGCCGAGUCAUGGACAUGGAGUGGUAUGCGUCGAUGCCAAAGAUUGAAUUGCAUGCUCAUCUCAAUGGCUCCAUCAGGGAUUCUACUUUACUGGAACUUGCUAGAGGAUUGGGUGAGAAGGGUGAUAUAGUUUUCUCAGACGUGGAGCAAGUUAUAAUGAAGAAUGAUCGUUCACUCAGUGAAGUGUUUAAGUUGUUUGACUUGAUCCAUAUCAUUACCACCGACCAUGAAACUGUUACUAGGAUCACCAGAGAGGUUAUUGAAGACUUUGCUGCUGAGAAUGUUGUUUACUUGGAAUUAAGAACAACCCCUAAGAGGAAUGAUUGCAAAGGGAUGAGCAAACGUUCUUAUGUGGAGGCAGUUCUGGAAGGCAUAAGAUCUGUCAAUUCAGUGGAGGUUGAUCUUUCGGAUGAAGUAGUAAACCCGGAUACUGCUACUUCUCAUGUUGUAGGUGAUAUAUCUAAUGGAGAAGCUAGCAAGAAGGUAUAUGUCAGGCUACUUCUCAGUAUUGACCGUCGUGAGACUGCUGAAGCAGCAAUGGAAACGGUGAAGCUUGCUCUGGAAUUGAGAAAUAUGGGAAUAGUGGGUAUAGAUCUUUCUGGCAACCCUGUAGUCGGUGAAUGGAAAACAUUUUUACCAGCUUUAGAGUUUGCUAAAAAACAAGGACUUUCAGUUACUCUGCACUGUGGCGAGGUGUACAAUCCAGAUGAAAUCCGUGCCAUGCUAGAUUUUCUUCCUAAGAGGAUUGGACAUGCCUGCUGCUUUGGAGAAGACGAAUGGAAAACGUUGAAAACACUUGGGAUCGCGGUUGAGAUUUGUUUGACAUCCAACAUCAGAACGGAAUCAGUUGCUUCGGUGGAAGUUCAUCACUUUGCUGAUCUAUAUGAAACAAAUCAUCCAUUGAUCCUUUGCACUGAUGAUUCUGGAGUUUUCUCCACCACACUAUCUGCCGAGUACUUACUUGCCUCAUCUGCAUUCGGUCUUGGAAGGAUGGAAAUGUUCGAGCUCUCCCGGAAGGGCAUUGACUACAUAUUUGCAAGUGAUCGAGUCAAAAGAGAACUGAAGCUGAAAUUUGACAUUCUCUCGCACCUCGGUUUGUGACUAGAGUUUCAGGUGUGAUUCCGAGUGAAUACUUUGGUUACAAACAACAUAAAUACUAAAUCCUUUGAUAUUCAUGGACUCAAUUUCUGCUGUCUAAUUCCAUUAUAGUAGUAGCAAUUCUCUUGGGCUGUUGAUAUUCUGGAAUUCAAAUGCUAAUAUUACUUUGGGCACAUCAUUUUUUGUGACCCAAUGUUUAAAAUCGGAGGUGUUAUGUAAUUCUAUGUUUUCAGUUUAUUUUGUUUGGGAAUUG